AGCAUUUGUGUGCGAAAUCUUUCGGAAGCUAGAACUCCUUUUUGCACUUCCAUUCAUCCCGUCAGUCACGUAUCUGAAAUUGAAAGAAACUGCCAACAUCGAUAUAGCAAUGCAGUGUUGCCGAGCACCUACAUUUACCAACUUCCAUGUUGUCGCCAACGUCGUCUUCAGGAACCUAUUUUCCGGUUUGUUCGUUUGAGCUUGGUAUUUACACUGGGCCUUUCAGCUCCGAUCAAGAAGUUUUACAAGAAUGUGACGAUUUCCCAAGUUAUCCCCGAAGGUGAACAGGAUCUUGUCUACGAGGUACAGUUAGAUAAACGGAAACUUCGUACCCCUGGCGGUAAUACACUGCUCAUACCGAAUGAGGCCCUCGCUCUUGCGGUGGCUGUUGAGUGGGAUAGUCAGAAGGGUACUAUCAAACGCCACAGUAUGCAUCUUACGAAUUUGUGUAAUCGAGUUCUGGACUGGCGAUCUGAAAUAAAGCCGUUGGAUGUAGUUCAAUCGAUUAUGCAGUAUGCGGAUACUGACACCAUUUGCUUUCGAGUUCAGGAGCCAGAUGAUUUGGUCCACCUCCAGAAUGCAUCUUGGGAUCCUGUUUUACACUGGGUUGCAGAGCAUUAUCGUAUCCAGCCAUAUUUGACCAACAGCCUGACUGGAACACCCGUGAUGUCAUCGGCUGAUAGGGAUAUAUUAAAGCAGAAUCUGCUUGGAAACACACGGUGGGCUCUGAUUGGUAAGUUGCAUGGGUAUCUUUUAAGUCUAGUCUCUUAGCUAAAUUUUCAC